AUGGCUGAAGACUCUGAACUACAUGGCAUCCCUGAGAAUGUUCUGCAGCUUGGAUCGUCAGUGCCGCCGGCCCCUCAGCACAGCGAUGCCGAAUGCAACCCAGGCACAGAGGCGAGUGCUGCUGAAGGGUCUUGGAGCGGCAGGUGGGUGCUCCUGCGUCUGCUGGACCAGGCAGAGGCUCGCCACUCUGCCUACCUACUUGCCCCCAAAGAGGCAUCGGCCGUACUUGAAGGGACCGUGCCAGAGGCGCCGCGGAUGGACAGAAAGAUCCAGGUCUCAGAACAGGCGCAGGUGUUCAGUGAAAGGCGUAGCAAAGCGGUCUGCUGCUCCCUCCCACCGUCCUCUUCUGACAGCUGUAGCUCAGAGAGCUCUGAAGGUAAGACUUCUCCCCGAUACAUGGAGCAGGUGAACUCUAAAGGAAGCAAGGACUUCUGCAUUAAGAACAUCCGCCAGGCUGCUUUUGGUCGCAAGGAAAUAGAAAUGGCUGAGCAAGAGAUGAUGGCAUUGAUGACCCUGAGAAGGGCAGCUGAGGGAGAGAAGCCACUAGCUGGUGCUAAAAUAGUGGGCUGCACCCACAUCACAGCACACAUGGCCGUACUGAUGGAGACUCUGUCUGUGCUGGGUGCACAGUGUAGAUGGGCUGCCUGUAAUAUCUACUCCAUCCAAAACGAAGUGGCUGCAGCGCUCGCAGAGGGAGGUGUCCCAGUGUUUGCGUGGAAAGAAGAGUCUGAGGAUGAUUACUUCUGGUGUAUAGAUAGCUGUGUUAAUGUAGAAGGCUGGGAACCAAACAUGAUUCUAGAUGAUGGAGGAUAUAUGACGCGCUGGAUCUAUAAAGAAUACCCCCACCUCUUCGAGAACAUCAAGGGUAUUGUGGAAGAAAGUGUCAGUGGCAUUCACAGGUUAUAUCAGCUGUAUAAGACUGGGAAACUCUGUGGCCCAGCCAUAAAUGUCAAUGAGUCAUUGAUAAAGCAGAAGUUUGACAACUUUUACUGCUGCAAGGAGACUGUACUGGAUGCUCUGAAGAGGACCACUGAUGUUAUUUUGGCAGGGAAGCAGGUGGCUGUCUGUGGAUAUGGAGAGGUGGGAAAAGGGUGCUGUGCUGCGCUGAAAGGAAUGAGGGCAAUCGUGUAUGUGACAGAGAUCGACCCCAUUUGUGCUCUUCAGGCCUGCAUGGAUGGUUUUCGAGUGGUCAAACUGGAUGAGGUCAUCAGCAUGGUUGACAUCCUCAUCACCUGUACAGGAAAUAAAAAUGUGGUCUUGCGGGAACACCUGGAGCUUGUGAAGAAUGGCUGUAUUGUAUGCAACAUGGGACACUCCAACACAGAAAUUGAUGUGGCCAGUCUGAUAACACCAGAGCUGACUUGGCGGCAUGUGAGAGCACAUGUGGACCACAUCGUCUGGCCAGAUGGCAAGACAAUCGUUCUACUGGCAGAGGGUCGCCUCCUUAAUCUGAGCUGCUCCACUGUGCCUGUUUACGUGCUGUCUAUCACAGCCACAACCCAGGCCUUGGCAUUGAUUGAGAUGUUUAAUGCACCUGAAGGGCAUUACAAACAAGGCAUUUAUUUGUUUCCCAAGAAAAUGGACGAGUAUGUAUCAGUUCUGCACCUGCAGAGUUUUGAUGCCCACCUAACAGAGCUCACAGACGAGCAGGCUAAAUACAUGGCCAUCAACAAGAAUGGACCCUUCAAGCCAAGCUAUUACAGGUACUAAAGCUGAACCCACA